UAAACAAGGGACUCAAGUAGAUAGUAGAAAUGUUUAAUAUGAUUACAUCUUUUAUAUUUACUUCUCAUUAGUUAUGCUGUUACUACACACUGUUUAUUAAUCAAAGAUGACCGAAUCUAAUAAUGACUCAUCCCAGGAAUCUCCUCCGUGUCCUGGUAUUGAACAGCCUUUGGAUCAAGCGUCAAGCCAGCCCAUAGUGAAUGUGCCGCACGAUGACCAAGUCAUCAACAUCAUUAGCAGAACGUUGGCACCAAAUGAAAGAAUAAUAGUAUGCGGGUCAUCAUACUAAUGUAUUAUAAGAAAACCAAUUUUCAGCAAUUAUAAGAGGGAGUUUUGAGUGUGCAAAUACAAUCAGUUUAUUUUGUAUCAAAAAAACUGUAUUCUACAACAAAAUCAUUACAAAAAUGUGCAGUAACAAUCAUCUAUCCCAGGAUCCUCCAUCGUAUUCUGAUCUUCAACAAACUUCUGAUCCAAUAAUGAUCCAGCCCCAAGUAAAGCUACCCCAUGGACUGACUGGAAUAUCUAACAUUAACAUCGUCAGCAACACAUUGGGCCCCGGCGCUCAAAUAAUAGUCUGCUUUUCUUGCAGCGAACAUAAAAUAACACGAUUUGAGAGGAAAAAUUUUACGAUAGCUUCGUGUUUCAUUGGAUCAGAAAUGGGCACUGAAACUAAAAAUUAUUCAUCCCAGCAACUUCCAUCGUACCCUGGUCUUCAACAGCCUUCGGAUCAACUCACCAGCCAGCAGCAAGUUAUGACUGAAUCCCCUGUCAUUACCAUUAACAGCAAUAAAUUAGGACCCACUUCCCAAAUAAUAGUGAAGAAGAAAGGUUCAUUUAGACCUUCAUUUUUAUUUAGAUCAAAAAUUGAGACUAAAUCAUCUGCCACGAGUCUGCCUCAGAUGAAGUCACCGCAUGGACUGACUGGAGUUCCUGUCAUCAACAUUAUUAGCAAUACAUUGGGACCCAACUCUACCAUUAAAGUUGGCUGUCUUUGCCAUGAAAAUAUCAUUACUCGAGUGGAGAGCAAAUCAUCUAUGAGGAUUGCCUCAUGUUUACUUGGAUCAAAAUUGAACAAUGAAUGUUACAAUGGCCCCUACCAAAAACUGACUGAAAAACCUAUCGUUAAUAUCCGGAGCAACACAAUGGGACCUAACGCUCAAAUAAUAGUCUGUGACUAUAAUGGCAUCCAUAUCAUAAAGCUGGAGGGGAAACCUUCUAAGAGUACUUAUUUCUUCGCUGUCUUUUCAGGUUUGAUUGCAUGCUGGCCGUGCGCAUGUUACCGUAACAACUCUGGAGAAUAUUGUUCUUACUGAUAUUCACAUAAUCCAUUUUAUUCAUACUUUAGGUGUUAAGGGUUACUUUAAGUGCAGACAAUGAUGUUUCGGUGUUGCUGAUUGACUAGAUCACACUGAUUUAACUAGAUCAAAUUAUUAAGUAAAAACAAUACUCCUCGCCAACUGUAUUAACUUCAUAUUAGUAAUUGAUCAUCAAUUCGAGUCCUUUUAACACACAAAUGAGAUGUAAACUGCAAUAGUCUUGUUAUUAUUUCGUAACGCUAUACCUUUAAUCACUGUUUAAUUUUAAGUACCUAUUGUAAGUAAGUAUUAUGUCAUACAAGUUAUAGAAGAGUAGCGUAAAUCAGCAGUCUCCUUGAAAUUUAUACCUACGCAACGUCAGGGCGGAGCAAUAGGGUUCGUAGUUGAUACAUACAAUACGAUUGACAAUGCGGACGGCGUGGCGCAGCUAAUUUAACUCGGAUAGCGGCGACCAGUCUCGAAGGAGUACGACGUAGCAUUCAAUAGUUUUGUCUUCUUUAGAUUGCUUAACGAUCGUGUGAAUCGUGUAUAAGUGUGGGUACGUCGAUUCGGGUGCUCUCGAAUGAAGUUAACGUGCUGUUCUAUUACUGUAUUGUGCUAUUGAUGGCAUUUCGAUAAAAUGUUUUAUUGAAAUUACAAAUUAUAGUAAUCGACGUGAACCUACUUAUAUUACUUUUUCCCCGUUAAGGGCUAAAAAAAGUUAAAAUAAAACUCACAAAAAUUAAGAGUAAAACGAAAUUCAAAGAUGUCAAAACUGUGUGCAAAUUAUUAAAGCGGAAAUGUGCGGGGCAUAUGCUACGUGACAAAAGUGAAAAAUGGACCAAAGUCAUAACGUAGUGGUAUCCACGAGAAUGCAAAAGAAGCAAAGGGCGGCAAUAAAACGAUGGGAGGAUGAGCUUAAGAGAGUGGCUGGCGCAGAAUGGAUGAGAAUGGAGACAGAAAGAUAUAGUCUUAGGAGGAGGCCUAUGUCGAAGGACAAGCUGUUAAAAAAAUCGUAAGGAAUUAGUUAAGGAUAUAUAUUUAAGAAAAAAUGUUAUUAUUAGUAUCAGCAAUAAAGGCUUAUUUUAUU